AUGGUUUUCCACUUUGUCUGCAUGUUAACAUUACUUCCAUCCCUGCUGGUAUCUUCUGGCGGGACUGUGCUCCAUUGUGCCUGUGAUGUAUUUAUUCAGGUGGACGUAAAACCAGUAUCCGAAGUACAUCGUGCAUCUCCGUCAAGGGCGCAAGCCACAAACGCAGCCCCACAAAACACACACACACACACACACACACACACUAGUCCGAAGUACAUCGUGCAUCUCCGUCAAGGGCGCAAGCCACAAACGCAGCCCCACAAAACACAUACACACACACACACAAUCAGGCCGAUCUCGCCUCUCCGCUCGUCCCCGCCUCUCGCUUCGCAGCCCUCCCAAACUGCAAGCAGCUGCCGGUUGGGAACUGCAGCAAGCGAGGGAAAUCCGCAAGCCGCUUGCAGAGCGCCCGGUUGGGGGGAAAAAGGCUCUGCGCCUUUCCGAAUCCAGAGAUUCCCGCUCCCGGGCUUCCUCUUCGACCUUGCCGGCCUUCUGCGCUUGAUCGGAAACCUGCGAUCCCCGGAGCGCGCCCAGCCCACCCUGCCAGAUCCCCGAUCGCUCCGCUUCCUGCGCCGGCCAGAUCCAGAGCCUUUCCCGCCUCCCCUCCCCCCCCCAAAGCCUCCACCUCUUCGGGUGGCGCCUUUCCCAAUCCGGUCCGGCCAGAAAAGCCAAAGAAGGAGGGAGCUCGUCUUCCCUCUCCUCCUCGCGCCUCCCCCUCUGCGUCGAGGGCUGGGCCGCUUCUGCCUCUUUCUUUCGUUUCUCUCGCUCUUUCUCUCCUUUCCUCCGGGGCUUGGCGAGUCCCGAGAUUCCCGGGACUGGCUCCCGGCUUUCCCCUUCGCUUUUGCUGCUGCCACUGGGCGCAUCAGGAAGCGCCGAGAAGGAGGCGAGGUUGCAAAUUGCAAAGCUUCUCCCCCUCCCCGCCGCCGCCGCCCCAGUUUAGAAAGAAAGAGGGGGCCCCUCUCCCCCCCCCUUGAGAAGCAGAGUAAGCCCGGCGCGCCGCGGACGCGGGAUCCGAAGGAGAAAAGUUGCUCGGGAACCCUUUGCGCGCAAGUGCGCGCUCCCGCCCGGCUGUGAGUGUUUGUGUGUGUCGAUCAGAGAAAAUUAUAUUCCUGACAGCCAAUAUCCGGAAUGACGGUAAGCCUGGAGGACCCUUAAUUUAUGGGCAAGCUUAAUUGUGAUUAGUUGAAGAAUGAGUCAGCAACCUCAAGAUUUGAAAUACUACAAAUCAAACUGAAAGUAGACACAGAGAAGACCACCAAGAUAAUCAGCAUUCUUUGCAGUGGGGAGUCCUUUUGGGGAACAUUUUCAGCCAAAUUGACUCUUGGUCCUCACUUUUUACAUUGUUGGUAAAAUACCCAUCCUGGGCUGGAGGCCUUCCUUGGUGAUAAGCAGGAUUUAUUCCCUGUGCAA